AUGCAACGAGUUCUGUCAGCAGUGGAUUUUUCCAAUCUGCUGAAUCCCGAAGCAUCUUCAACAUCUCCACCAGCACCGCAACCAUCCAAGCAGCCGCAACAGUCACAAAAACAGUCUACUGAGGGAGGCGACAUGGCCGCCGUCACAGCAAUCAGGCCCAACGGCCCUCUACCUAGUGGUCAAUCCACAUCAGAGCCAGCAAACAUGGAGAUGCCGCGGCCCUACAAGUGCCCGCUCUGCGACAAGGCAUUCCACCGUCUUGAGCACCAGACUCGUCACAUCAGGACGCACACUGGCGAGAAGCCCCACGCCUGCCAGUUUCCUGGAUGCAGUAAAAAGUUUUCACGCUCUGAUGAGCUCACCCGCCACUCGAGGAUACACAACAACCCCAACUCGAGGAGAGGAGCCAAGGGCCAGGCUCAGCACCACGCCAUGGUCGGUCCCGAUGGAAUGAUGGCACCGCCUCAGGGUCACAAGGCAAUCCGGUCGGCGCCACCUUCGGUGCUCGGCUCGCCCAACGUGUCACCUCCUCACUCUUACGCGCAGUACGCUGGAUCUUCGGGGCUCAACCCUCAUGCCGCCUACCCUUACCACCGUGGGCCGCCUCCGACCUCGAACAACAUGGACAUCUCGAUGCUCGCAAAGGCUGCUCAUCAGGUGGAGCGCGACAACCUGAUGGCACCUCCCCAUCACCACCACCACAGCUCCAGGCAUCACCCGUACUACAUGCAUAACAGCUCUCAUCCUCGAGCUGGUCCUGUGGCUUCUCUCUCAAGCUACCACAUGUCUCGAUCCCACUCGCAUGAGGACGAUGAUCAUUACAACCAGAGCUACAGGCAGGCCAAAAGAUCAAGGCCCAACUCGCCCCAGUCCACUGCUCCGUCGUCGCCGACUUUCUCCCACGACUCACUUUCACCUACCCCUGAUCACACGCCCUUGGCCACGCCUGCUCACUCACCUCGUCUUCGACCUUCGAACUACUCGAUGCCGACCUCUUAUGAGCUUCCGCCCUUCCGCUCUCUGAGCCUUCAGCAGCACACCACACCCGCGUUGGCGCCAUUGGAACCGAAACCUGACGCACCUUACGGUCACCCUCAGCCUAGUGCCAUGGCCGCACCGCCUGCUGGCGGCAGGAGUGGCGGUAUCUCGCUCGCCGACAUCAUGAGUCGUCCCGAUGGGUCUCAGAGGAAACUUCCCGUUCCCAAGGUCGCCGUCCAUGAUCUUCUUACACCCAGCGAUGGAUACCAUCUCAGCGGUAGAAGCUCGUCCUCCAACAGCGUUUCUGGAGGGGACCUAAUGGAUCGGAUGUGA